UGAUCUCUCUCUCAACUCUCAAGUCUCACCAAACACCAUUUAUCAACGCUUCCUUCCCCGUACUGUCCUUGUACCUCUGUACUUGGUCGUUUCUCCAACCACACAAGAAAGAAACUGAAAAGAUAACCAGAAACACAACACAUGCACCAUGAAGCUCGUUUGGUCCCCAGAAACAGCCUUACAAGCUUACCUAGACACUGUUCAAUCUUGUGAGAAAGUCAAGGAAUCAGGGGUAGCUGAGCUUCUCUCCUCCAUGGCAGCUGGAUGGAACGCCAAGUUCAUCGUCGAAUGCUGGUCCCAUGGCGGCCCCAUCGCGGCUAGCCUCGGCCUCGCGGUCGCGGCUCGCAACACAGGUGCAAGGCACGUGUGCAUAGUCAAAGACGAGCUGUCGAGAUUGCACUACAUGAAGGCCCUCGCCGAGAUGGGCGUAUCUCCGCCGCAGGAGGUGGUAGUCGGAGAGGCAGCAACGGUGGUGGGGAGCCAGAGCCUCGCCGGACUUGACUUUCUGGUGGUGGAUUGCACCGGCAGCAACUUCGCUAAGGUUCUGAGGGUGGCGAAGGUGGGCCCCAGAGGGGCAGUUUUGGCAUGCAAAAAUGCGUGUCAGAGAAACGGUUACAGGUUGUUCCGGUGGAGCUGGGUGCUUGAGAGAGGCACACGUGUGGUUAGGUCGGUGUUCUUGCCGGUUGGAAAAGGUUUGGAUAUUGCUUACAUAGGGAGUACUGGAUCAAGUGGUGCAGCAGCAGCAACAGCUGCAACUGCUUCAAAGGCUCCUAGCCGUUGGAUUAAGCACAUAGAUCAACAAUCAGGUGAAGAACACCUUUUCAGAGAGGGGUAGAUGAAGAUGAUGCUUAAUUUGUUGGUCUUCACUCUUGUUCAGUUAAUUAGAAAAUAAAUAAAAUAAAAUAUAAGUGGCUGCUAAAACUUAUGUACUUGUAAAUAAAUUAGUUUGAUGAGUUCUGAUGACUUUCGAGGAUGGGAGACCAAGCUAUGCCAAAUUGCUUUUAAAUAUGGUGGAUGGAUGUACUUUUGAUGCAAUAUGACAUUUUCAGCUUGUAUUUUAUAUGUUUGUAUGCAAGGAAAGAGGUGAAGAGCCUUAGAUUUGGCGGGUAUUAUUAUAUAUAA